AGAGCCUCUGCUUCCAGAACCAGAACCGGUUCUGGCCCGACUUCGGAACUUCUUAACAGUCACGGAACCAGCAGCUGGUUCUGUUCCAUCUGGACUCAUCCAGCUGGUCUCGGUUCGGCCCGUCCUCCAGAGGUGCAGCGGAACCUCCCCCCUCCCCCGCCGCUACGUAUGAGCCGUCACGGUGCAGACAGAGGUUGGAAACAUGGCGGCGGACGGGAUGGUUCUCACCAACCACGACCAUCAGACCCGAGUGGGAAUCCUGACUGUCAGUGACAGCUGCUUCAAGAACCUGGCAGAAGACAGGAGUGGAGUGAACCUGAAGGACCUGGUCCACGACCCAUCACUGCUGGGAGGAGUGAUUGCAGCCUACAAAAUAGUUCCAGAUGAGAUCGAGGAAAUCAAGGAAACUCUUCUGGAGUGGUGUGAUGAGCAGGAGCUGAAUCUCAUUCUGACCACAGGAGGAACUGGUUUUGCACCACGAGACGUUACACCAGAGGCGACCAGGGAGGUGAUCGAGCGAGAGGCUCCAGGGAUGGCUCUGGCCAUGCUGAUGGGAUCCCUCAAUGUUACCCCUCUGGGAAUGCUGUCCAGGCCAGUUUGCGGUAUUCGUGGUAAAACGCUGAUCAUCAACCUUCCAGGCAGCAAGAAAGGCUCCCAGGAGUGUUUCCAGUUCAUCCUCCCCGCUCUGCCUCACGCCAUCGACCUGCUGCGCGAAGCCGCCAUUCACGUUAAAUCCACUCACGCCGCCCUGGAGCCGAUGCCCUCCCUGCUGACCAAUACGCACGCCAACACUCACACCAUGGAGCGCGGCACCCAGUGCGAGGAAGAGGACGAAGACGAAGAGGACAGGAGGAGAGGACGGCACAACCUCCACCAGCACCACCAGCACGGCUCGUCCCACAUCACUGUGGCUGCUAUCGCCGCAAAGACGAGUCAUGCGACGGUCAUGGCUAAGGGCGCCCCCUACCUGCCUGGAAACACACCUGCCCCUCCCUCUCAUUUCACCUGUUCCCAUCAGAUCCCAGACUCGAUCAUUUCCCGAGGCGUUCAGGUGCUUCCUCGAGACUCGGCGUCUUUAAGCUCCACCCCCUCUGAGUCGCCACGGGCGACGCAGGCGACAUCCCGCCUGUCCACCGCCUCCUGCCCGACGCCCAAGGUCCAGUCCCGAUGCGGCAGCAACGAGAACAUCCUGAGAGCCAGCCACAGCGCUGUGGACAUCAGCAAGGUGGCGCGGCGCCACCGCAUGUCGCCGUUCCCGCUGACCUCCAUGGACAAGGCCUUCAUCACGGUGCUGGAGAUGACGCCCAUCCUGGGCAUCGAGGUCAUCAACUACAGAGACGGUUUGGGCCGGGUUCUCGCUCAGGACAUCUACGCCAAAGACAACCUGCCUCCGUUCCCGGCCUCAGUGAAGGACGGCUAUGCCGUGCGUGCCGCUGACGGACCUGGAGACCGUUUCAUCAUGGGGGAGUCGCAGGCCGGACAGCAGCCCACCCACACCGUGAUGCCGGGUCAGGUGAUGAGGGUGACGACCGGCGCUCCGAUCCCGUGUGGCGCCGACGCCGUGGUCCAAGUGGAGGACACGGAGCUGCUGAGGGAGUCGGAGGACGGCACAGAGGAACUGGAGGUGAGAAUCAUGGUCCAGGCCCGGCCCGGACAGGACAUCAGGCCGAUUGGCCAUGACAUCAGAAGGGGGGAGUGUGUUCUGGCCAAAGGGACCCAUAUGGGCCCCUCAGAGAUCGGCCUGCUGGCCACCGUGGGGGUCACCGAGGUCAGCGUGCACAAGUUCCCCGUGGUGGCCGUCAUGUCCACCGGAAACGAGCUGCUGAACCCAGAGGACGACCUCCACCCCGGGAAGAUCCGGGACUCAAACCGCUCCACCCUGCUGGCCACCAUCCAGGAGCACGGCUACCCCACCAUCAACCUGGGCAUCGUCGGAGACAACCCUGACGACCUGCUGUCGGCACUGCAUGAGGGGAUCAGCCGCGCUGACGUCAUCAUCACCUCAGGGGGCGUGUCCAUGGGGGAGAAGGAUUACCUGAAGCAGGUGCUGGACAUCGACCUGCACGCCCAGAUCCACUUCGGACGCGUCUUCAUGAAGCCGGGUCUGCCCACCACCUUCGCCACCGUCGACAUCGAUGGAACCAGGAAGCUCAUCUUCGCACUGCCAGGUAACCCGGUGUCGGCGGUGGUCACCUGUAACCUGUUUGUGAUCCCGGCUCUGAGGAAGAUGCAGGGCGUUCUGGACCCCCGGCCCACCAUCAUCAAAGCCCGGUUGUCCUGUGACGUGAAGCUGGACCCCCGACCCGAAUACCACCGCUGCAUCCUGACAUGGCACCACCAGGAGCCGCUGCCCUGGGCCCAAAGCACAGGGAACCAGGUAUCCAGCCGCCUCAUGUCCAUGCGGAGUGCCAACGGGCUGCUGAUGCUGCCGCCCAAGACCGAGCAGUACGUGGAGCUGCACAAGGGCGAGGUGGUGGACGUCAUGGUGAUCGGCCGGCUAUGAUGCAGACCUUGUGUCACCUGCUACCGAUCACCGUGGCAACGCCAGGAGACGUCUCACCCGGACAGGAAGGGCGGGGUUGGUGGGGCAGGAAGUGAUGCAUGUCUAUCUGGUGGCCAUUAGCUGUGAUGUCAUAUGCAACAGCCAAUCGGAGCCAGUGCAGGCUGAAUCCUCUCUGAGGAACUCGCUGUACUUCAACAGAGAAAAAAAUGUGAAAAAAUAUAUAAAAGAAGAUUUAUUCUGUAAUAUUAUUAUCCUAGUAAUUAAUAUUCUUAAUUAAUAUUCUAUUUAUUAUUAUUGCCAUGGUUCUGGUUGAAUAUUCUCACCUCAGUAGUCUUCAUCUCCUCUUCAUUUGCUUUGUGCGUUUUACCUGGCAGGUAAACACUAGAGACUCCUCCUCCUUCUCUUCUUUUGUUUCUGCUCCCUCCUUCAUCGCUCGGCUCCUUCAUCACAUAGAAACCAUUGUCCAUGAUGAAGAAGAUGAUGAUGAGUGGGAACCGUCCACUUCCUGCUGGAGCUCCACAGUUUGCCACGAAAUAAAAACAUCAAGGCUGAUGAUGUUCAGAAACACCAAACAGUGGAAGCCGUGAGCAAAGCGGAACCGGUCCGGAACCGGGUUCCGGGUCCAGGCCAGGUCGCUAUCAGAACCGGCCUGUUGGAGCAGCAGCUGCUCUCCGUCAAACAUCUUCCUAGAGCUUGAUGCCACAGGAAACGCUAUGUAUGGAAGAAUAUAGAGGCAAAAAAAAGCAGGACUAAUAAUCGAUGAAGAGAAAUAAAAGAAACCCGUAUUUUUAUUUCA